AUGGAGACAAUCGUUGGUGCACGAGGUCCUGAUGGACCUGAUAUCAGUAUAGCUGGUCCAAUGAUGAGAACGAUAUGGAUUCUGUACGGCAUUACCUUUGCAGUUGUGAUCUUGAGACUUUACACGCAGUGGCGUAUAACAUGUUCAUUGGGAUUGGGAGAUGCUAUAAUGGCACUUUCUCUUCUUUGCGGUACAGGUAUCUUGACGACCUUGACCAUACAACAUCACUAUGGCCUUGGGAGACAUUUUUCGUACCUUGACCCACAUCAGAAAGUGGAAGCGUUAUAUUUCAACUUCAUUGGUCAACCGCUAGGUAGACAUUCCCUCCUCCGCGAAAGGAGUAUCCAGCAGCACAUUCUAAACUUCACAGGCAUAAUGGCAGCAGCAUUCGUUUGCAAGGAUCCACGGACGUUGUGGGACCCCAUAGGGCAUCCGGGGUACUGUUGGAGACCUUUCAUUCAGGAGUAUACAGGGUUCGCUCAAGGAGCGAUUAAUUCAGCGACCGAUCUUUUUCUCACAAUUCUGCCUAUUCGAAUAUUUUAUACGCUUAAGAUGAGUAUUCAUUUGAAGCUCGGUCUGGGAUUUCUUCUUGGCUUAAGUGCUUUCGCUUUCGUUGCAUCAAUAAUCAAGACGGUCGAGCUGAAAGCAAUUGGAAAUAGAGGAGACUUCACUUUCGGCACAGUCGACUUCUUCACCUGGGUAAUCGUCGAGUUCACCCUCGUAGAUAUAGCAGCCUCUGCUCCGUUAGCUCUUCCUCUCUUCCGGAGACUCCGUAAACCACCACCAAAGAACAGCUACCAAUUACAAAAACCCUAUGGUGGACACUCAAUUGUAAUUCUGGGUGGAAAAUCUGCUCAUCCUCAAAACAGAAACAAAAGUAGAUCCAAGCUCGCUAUAAAUGAUCUCGAGACCACGAUCCUCAAUUCCAGCGAAGACAAUAUCUUGACGUUGGUGGAUGAUGCUGGGGAGAGGGCAGGUGAGCGGGAUUUGCCAAGAGCUGCUGGACGGGCUGUGGAUUUGGAAAGUGGUGCGAGGAAGAAGGUCACAAGCCCAGUUUGCGAUGGGAAAACAGCGAUUAUCAAGCAGACAAGCUUUGAUGUUAGUUUUAAAGUUAAUGAGGGAGAAGGUGUUAAUAUUGAUGGGACUAGGAGGAGAGAUGAGAUGUGGAUGACCAAGGAACUGCCAAAAAUUCCUUGGGAGGCACAGGUUAAAAUGUAUAAGAGGUAG